AUGAGUCUUAAAAACAUCAACAAUUUUAGAGGUAUUAAUAAUCUUGAAAAUAUCAACAAUCAUGAAAAUAUUAAUAAUUCUGUAAACACUAAUGAUCCUAAAGAUAUUAAUAACUUUAAAGAUGAUUUUAAAAUUAUUAAUGAUUUUGAAGACAACAAUAAUUUUAAAAACAUUACCAAUUCUAAAAAUUUUGAUAUUGUUAUUAAAUUAAUUACUUCUAAUAUUAGUUUUUUUAUAAAUAUCUUUUAA